GCCUCACCGGGACCCCGCCGGGACCGGCCCCGGUCGCGCAUGCGCGGGGCGAGCCCCGGGCGCUUCCGCUUCCUGCGCGGCCCGAGCGGGCCCCGAGCGGCACCGGGCGGCCCCGCCAUGGCCAUGGCGCUGAAGAUGCUGCCCUGCAAGAAGCGCAGAGCGGCGGCGGCGACGGCGGGGCCGCCGAGCCCCAGGGAGCGCGGGGAAGACGCGGAGCUGCCCGGAGGCUCCGGUGCUGCCGAUGGAGGCGGCUCCGCCAGGCCCGCGGGGAGGGGGCCCGGGGAGGCCUCGCCGAAGAGCGGGAGGAAGCCCCCGGUGAGGGCGGCCCUGAGCCCCGGGCCGGAGCUCCCCGCGGGGCCCGGCAGCCCGGCGGCGGCGGCGGCGGAAGGGAAAAUCCCCAGGCUGUACACAGAGGUGGAAGUGAGCUCUCAGAGGGAUCUGUGGCCGAGUGAAAGCCCUGGGGCAGUGCCAGAGUCUCCAGGGAGAAGCUCCCUGCAGGUAGCUGCUGCCAGAAAUCCCACCACCAUGAAGCCACCAAAGAACACCAGAGCUGAGGAGCAGGACGGGGAGGACGUGGAGAGGAGGAAGAGGAGGAGGAAGGCCAGCAAAAGGAAAAGAGAAGGGAAGAGCCAGGAGGAAGAGGGCUCCUUGUCCUGUGACAUCAAGCUGGACGAGUCCCUGGACCGCACCCUGGAGGAUGGAGCCAAGCAGCACAACCUGACCGUGGUCAACGUCAGGAACAUCCUGCACGAAGUGAUCACAAAUGAGCACGUGGUGGCCAUGGUGAAAGCAGCCAUCAGUGAGACAGAAGAUAUUCCUGUGUUUGAGCCCAAAAUGACUCGUUCCAAGCUGAAGGAAGUGGUGGAGAAAGGAGGGGUGAUUCCAACCUGGAACAUUUCUCCAAUCAAGAAGGCAAACGAGGUGAAGCCCCCUCAGUUUGUGGACAUUCCCCUGGAGGAAGAUGACUCCUCUGAUGAAGAAUACCAGCCUGAUGAUGAAGAGGAG